AAAAGUUAUACCAUAUUAAAAAUUUUUAUAACAUUAUUUCUAUACAUAGGUUGUAUUAUUGAAAAUUUAAAAUGAAAAUUAAAAAAAGAUCUAAUGCAAUAAGAGUGCCACCACUUAAAAAAGCAAUAAAAAUUAAACGAAAAUCAUCAGAAGAAGAAGAAUCAACUGUAUCCAAAGCAAUUGAAAAUAUUAAAAAAGUACUUAAGAAAAAAAAUGUUGAAAUAAUAAACACACCUUCAACUCCGAAAGUAGAAAAAUCAUAUAAAAUUAAUAAAACCAAAAUUAGACAAACAAAAUUUCAAAAAAAACAUUCAAGAGGUAUAGUAUAUUUAGGACAUAUACCUCAUGGUUUUUAUGAAGAACAAAUGAUAGAUUAUUUUAAACAAUUUGGAAAUGUAACUAGAGUACGUGUUGUUCGAUCAAAAAAUACUGGUAGAAGUCGUGGUUAUGGAUAUGUGGAAUUUAUGUAUCCUGAAGUUGCUAAAAUAGCUGCAGAAACAAUGAAUAAUUAUCUUAUGUGUGGAAGAUUAUUAAAAGCUACAUAUGUUCCACCUGAAAAACAACAUAGUGGUUUUUUUGUUGGUAGAUCAUGGACAAAAGAAAUUUAUCCUAAAAUAAUAAAUAGAAAUAAAAUUACUAAGAUAAGAAAUGGAAAUAUUGACAAAAAAAAGCAUAUAAGAUUCAUACAAAGUACAAAAGAUAAAUUAUCUACUUUAGAAAAUAAAUUAAAAGAAAAAGGUUUUGAUAUGAAAUUUAUACCAAUAGAUGAUUCUAAAUAAUAUUAAGAAAUUUUUGUUAACAUUAAUUUUUUAUUAAAAGCAAAAAUAAUUACAUGUUUAUUCAUAUUUAUAUAUUAUAAAUAGCAAAUCAUUUUAAAAUAAUGAUUUUGCGAUAUAAAUAAUUUAACUUUACUUUAAACUUUUUAUUUGAAAUAAUAUAUUUAAUUGAUUGAUUUAUUAAAAAAUUUAUAAUUCAUUUAAAAUAUCAAAUCUGAUUUUCAUAUAUUUUCUAAUUAUAAAAAAAA